AUGUUCGAAUCUCAGCCCAACCAACUCAAUAUCAAGUCGAAUCUUCUGAACCUUGCCCUGUGGGCAUCAAGUAACAAUCGCGUCCAGGCCGUGAAGUCAAUAGCUGAGUUUCGACAAAGACCUGCGGCCAAGCAAAAGCCACCAGCAAGUCACACCAGUCCUAUUAGAUAUGGUAUAAAAAGGAUUAAUCUCCAUACUCCUGUCUCGCAAGGAAGUGUACCAAAGAGAACAAAACCCAAUGAGUCUUUCGUGGAAGCUCGUGCGAGUGGUGAAGUGGUUGUAAAAGCUAAUGUUCCAAUGGAACACAACAAGGAGAUUGUCGAUCUGAUUGGCAAUGAUAUCAAGACAGAGGGAACUCCGGAUCCUUCCACACACAAAGUUUCACCAAACGAUUCAAAGCCUAAUAGAUCACUUGUGGACGCUCUGGUGAAAGUUGAAGAAACUGUAGAGAACGAUUUGUUGGCGGAACAAAAUGACGAGACCAUCGACCCUAUUGAGAAUGACUCGAAUGUCGUUGAUGAUCAAGGUGUCGUUGCUGGCAACAAUGAUUACAACGAUGAUGGCAGUGGUAGUAACGCUGAAUUUGAUGACUCCUUCGACGAUAACUCCUCCGAUGAUCAUUAUGCUGAUGAUGAUGAAGGUGGCAAGCUGCAAGAGUUUAUCAAAAAUGGCAGGUCAGUUAACAAAACGAAGACAUUGUUGGAGUUUGCUCAUAACCAGGUCGGUGAAGAAAUGGCUGAGCUGGGAAAUGACAAUGACCUCGACGAGCCCCCCGAUCAAUGGGCAGAAAAUCUUUUACGACACCUCCAAAAACCACUUGUAGCUCGGCCACGCCAUGAAUCUCAGUCGGCCAGAGCGGUUGAAGAUUGUUUCAUAAAGGCGAUAAAAAUCGACGAGAAUUGGAGUUUUAUUCAUCAGCGGAUCAUGGAUAUUGAGAGAGAAUUUUUCCCCAGCAAAUAUUCAUGUUUGAUUAGGAAGGGUGGUGACAGAUCUCAUCCAGACAUUAGAUUGCUUACCAACGGAUGUACUUGUGUUAAAGGUAAACACAAGUGGAGAAUUUCUCUACGAAAGUUUGGUCCUAUUGGUGCACGGAAAAGUUCGCCCACAAUAGAUGAGGUUAAGUCAUGGUUCAAUCAGAGCUAUCACAAUACCAUUUGUGAUAGCCAGUUUUGUUCCCGUCCAUCGCACUUGUUAGACGAGAACGCAGCUACUAUUGAAGCACGUCGAAGAUGUCGUGCCAAUGCCCGGAAUAGACUUGGUUAUUCUUGUCAAGGUGGAACUGAUCGUCUUCCUCAUAACCCGCCAUGUCUACCUACUAGUCCAACGACAGAGGAAAGUACUCAUUCCGAACUUGUUGGCACACCAGCUCACAUAUCAGGGUUCACAUGGAAACUCCCAUGUCCUGUAAAAUGA